UCCAGGCCAGCAGCUGCGAGAGGCGUCGCCGAAGGAGCUGCAGCAGUGCUAGCGGCCAAAGGCUUGGCUCCAGAGGAAACGGGAAAGCGAAGAGAACGGGAGAGGCCAGGGGUGCGCACGAACUUUCUUCCUAAGCAGCGGCUUGUGGGGGCGAGGCUGGAGCAGCUCCGGGGGCUGCAGGCUGGGGUUAGACGACGGCGGCGCCUCACCCUGGUCUCUUGGGAGUCGCCAGCUUAGCUCUCUCGCCUUCCUGGAGAAGGCGGUAGCAGCGGGUCCAGCCGCCGCGGAGUCGUUUGACCGCCGCUGGGAAUACCCGCAUACUUGGGCAGAGCGCGGCGCCGGAUCCAUCCUUCUCCACGGCGUUGGGCGGGCAGCGCGGAUAAUGCCGCGGGCGACCGGCCGGACUUUUGCCCAGACCUAAUCAAGGAACCCCCUCCUGUCCAGCUCCUCCUUCUCCCCCAUCCCCGGCGCAAGCCACAGAGGAGAAGAGCGGCGCUCACCGGGAAGGGAGAGAGAGAGUUCGCUUCGCCGCUUCCCCCACUCUUUUCCCCAGGUUUUGCUGGCGGCGGCGGCGGCGGCUGCGCCCGGAGAUGGUGCCGGCGCCGGGAUUAGCCUGAAGUGUUGCCUUCGGCUCUUUUGCUUGGGGCGGGGGGUGACUCCACCGUUAACUUCGAGCGCUGGCAGAUCCAGCGUGGGACGCGCAGCAGAGUGCCUCGUCCGCCCACCCUCUUCUCCAGAAAGGUCUCCGCUGGACGGCAGUACUGUCAAGACAAAACUCCCGGCGUCUUUCCCCCUGCCUCUUAAAAGAGAACCGUGUGGAUAAUGUCAACCCCAAGCAGAUUCAAAAAGGACAAAGAGAUUGUAGCCGAGUAUGAAAGUCAAGUGAAAGAGAUUCGGGCUCAACUAAUAGAGCAACAGAAAUGUCUGGAGCAGCAGACUGAGAUGAGGGUGCAGCUUCUUCAGGAUCUGCAGGAUUUCUUUCGCAAAAAGGCAGAAAUAGAGACUGAAUACUCUCGCAAUCUAGAAAAAUUGGCAGAAAGGUUUAUGGCUAAGACAAGAAGUACUAAGGACCAUCAACAGUACAAGAAGGACCAGAAUCUGCUCUCUCCAGUAAAUUGCUGGUAUUUACUCCUCAACCAAGUCAGACGGGAAAGCAAAGAUCAUGCAACCCUAAGUGACAUAUAUCUGAACAAUGUCAUCAUGCGCUUUAUGCAGAUAAGUGAAGAUUCCACUAGGAUGUUCAAGAAGAGCAAAGAGAUUGCAUUCCAGCUUCAUGAAGAUUUAAUGAGGGUUCUUAAUGAGCUUUAUACGGUCAUGAAAACAUACCACAUGUAUCAUACAGAGAGCAUCAGUGCAGAAAGUAAACUGAAGGAGGCAGAAAAGCAAGAGGAAAAACAAAUUGGCAGGACAGGAGAUCCUGUUUUCCACAUGCGGCUGGAAGAAAGACACCAGAGACGGAGUUCCGUGAAGAAAAUUGAAAAAAUGAAAGAAAAACGUCAAGCAAAGUAUUCUGAAAAUAAGCUGAAAUCCAUUAAAGCCAGAAAUGAAUAUCUGCUAACCCUUGAAGCAACAAAUGCUUCGGUUUUCAAGUAUUACAUUCAUGACCUUUCAGAUCUCAUUGAUUGUUGCGAUCUUGGAUAUCAUGCAAGCCUGAACAGAGCCUUAAGAACGUAUCUUUCUGCAGAAUAUAACCUUGAAACAUCUCGGCAUGAGGGUCUGGACAUCAUUGAGAGUGCUGUUGACAACUUGGAACCACGAAGUGACAAGCAGAGAUUCAUGGAGAUGUAUCCUGCAGCCUUUUGUCCUCCAGUGAGAUUUGAGUUCCAACCCCAUAUGGGUGAUGAAGUUUCUCAGGUCAGUGCCCAGCAGACAGUCCAAGGGGAGCUCAUGCUUCGGUAUCAGCAGCUUCAGUCCCGACUGACCACAUUGAAAAUUGAAAAUGAGGAGGUGAAGAAGACAACUGAAGCCACUUUGCAGACAAUACAAGACAUGGUCACCAUUGAGGACUAUGAUGUUUCUGAAUGUUUCCAGCAUAGUCGCUCAACUGAGUCUGUGAAGUCAACAGUUUCUGAGACCUACCUAAGCAAGCCCAGUAUUGCUAAAAGAAGAGCUAAUCAGCAGGAGACUGAACAGUUCUAUUUCAUGAAAUUCAGAGAGUACCUGGAGGGAAGUAAUCUUAUCACAAAGCUUCAAGCAAAGCAUGAUUUACUGCAGCGAACACUUGCAGAAGGUCAUAGAGCUGAAUUUAUGACCACAAGCAGAGGACGGAGAAACUCCCAUACCAGACAUCAGGACUCAGGGCAAGUAAUCCCCCUUAUAGUAGAAAGCUGCAUCCGAUUUAUCAACUUGUAUGGUCUUCAGCACCAAGGCAUUUUCAGAGUAUCUGGCUCCCAGGUAGAAGUCAAUGAUAUUAAAAAUUCGUUUGAGCAAGGUGAAAAUCCUUUGGCAGAUGACCAAACAAACCAUGACAUUAACUCAGUUGCUGGUGUACUGAAGCUCUAUUUCCGUGGGCUGGAGAACCCUGUCUUUCCUAAGGAAAGAUUUAAUGAUCUUAUUUCUUGUGUCAGAAUAGAAAAUCUCUAUGAGAGAGCUCUUCACAUACGUAAACUCCUCCUGACUUUGCCCAGAUCAGUGCUAAUAGUGUUGAGAUAUCUCUUUGCAUUCCUCAACCACCUUUCACAGUACAGUGAUGAAAAUAUGAUGGAUCCUUAUAAUCUGGCCAUUUGUUUUGGUCCAACAUUGAUGCCUGUUCCAGAUAUACAAGACCAAGUGUCAUGCCAGGCUCAUGUGAAUGAAAUAAUCAAAACCAUCAUCAUUCACCAUGAGAACAUUUUCCCAGAUACAAAGGAGCUUGAUGGCCCAGUUUAUGAAAAGUGUAUGGCUGGUGAUGACUAUUGUGAUAGCCCUUAUAGUGAACAUGGUACCUUAGAGGAAGUAGACCUGGAUGCCGGGACAGAGUUACACACCAGUGAAGAUGAAUGUGAACCAAUAGAAGCUAUUGCCAAGUUUGACUAUGUUGGAAGAUCUGCACGAGAACUCUCUUUUAAGAAAGGCGCCUCCCUGCUUUUGUAUCAUCGAGCUUCUGAUGACUGGUGGGAAGGAAGACAUAAUGGAAUUGAUGGCCUCGUACCUCAUCAGUACAUAGUUGUUCAAGAUAUGGAUGAUACAUUCUCAGAUACAUUGAGCCUGAAGGCAGAUAGUGAAGCCAGCAGUGGACCAGUAACAGAGGACAAAUCUUCAUCUAAGGAUAUGAAUUCACCAACAGAUCGUCAUCCUGAUAUAUAUUUAGGAAGGCAACGCAAGAGAUCUGAACUCCCGCUUCCCGGCAGACGUCCUGGCAGGACCAGUGACGGACACUGUCCCGUUCAUCCACCACACAGCCUUGCCCAUUCAUCACUGGAGUUAGGUUCCCCCAGUAUGGCAAGCCACAACACGUCUCGAGCUGUCCUUCAAAACCGCAGCCUCAAUACAGACAGCCCAGAAAGGAGGCGUAGGCCAGGCCAUGGCAGCCUCACCAAUAUUAGUAGGCAUGAGUCACUGAAGAAAAUUGACAGCCCUCCAAUUAGAAGAUCAACAUCAUCUGGCCAGUACCCAGUUUUCAAUGACCACAAACCACUUGACCCAGAGUCAAUUGCUCAGGAUAUUGAAGAAACAAUGAACACGGCUCUGAACGAGCUCCGAGAACUGGAACGUCAAAGCUCUGCAAAACAUGCUCCAGAUGUGGUGCUGGAUACCUUGGAACAAAUGAAAAACUCUCCCACCAGUACUACCUCAACAGAAUCCUUGAGCCCUCUGCACAGUGCCAUGUUGCGAAGCACGGAGCCUCAGAUUCGACGUAGCACUAGUUCUUCCAGUGAUUCCAUGAGUACCUUCAAGCCCUUGGUAGCGCCCAGGAUGGGAGUGCAGCUGAAACCUCCUGCACUCCGGCCCAAACCUAUUGUUCUUCCAAAAACCAACCCAAGCAUAGGCCCUUCCUCUCCUUCCCAAGGUCCGGCAGACAAGUCUUGCACCAUGUAAAAACCAAGCAACUCAUGUGACAAGCAUGGCGUGAACUACCAAAAGAAUGGAUCACUGAUAGAAGUCUGGGUUCCAUGACACCACUACUUUGUGUAUAUUAUGCGAGAGGUUUGGUUUUUAAGAAAUGUCCAGUGUAAUGUCUCAAGCUACCUACAUGAAUGUGGGCAUUUAAAAUAGGCUCAAUUUUUAAACUGGAGAAUUCAGUGUAUCAUUUGAAAACAGGAACACACUUUUACUUGAAACUUCCACAAUGCACCUUUUCUAAUAAAAGCACCAGAAGUCACCGCCAGCAUCCCAUGUAGCUCAAUACUUCACACUGACAGUAACUUUUGGACUUCAAAAGGAAUUCUUAUGAAUGGUUAUUGAAAUAGAUUUAUUGAUGGGUCUAUUUUUCUGUCUCCAGUAUGAAUCAUAUUUUUAGUAAGGGCUGAAAGUUGGAAUCUUGAGAAUUAUUCAGGCUGCAAUCCUGUGCACACCUACCCAUGAGACAAGGGGACUUACUUCUGAGUAAGCAUGCAUAGGAUUGGGUGGAAAGGACCCGCUCCCAAAGUAAUAGGGAAAGUAGAGUUACCCUAGCAUUUCCUUCAAAAUACUUGGUGUUGGCA